AUGACGGACGACCAGGUUACAAAGAAGCGGAAAGUGGACGUGAUCGAUGUGCUUGACAGCGACGUGGAAGAGGUGCAAGCAUCAACAUCCUCGGGUAGCACCGGAUCUGAGACCCCCAAUGAGGGUUCCGAAACGAGAGAGGACGAGGUCAAGCGGCUACGAGCGGCUCUGAAGAAGGCCGAUGACACGAUUGCAACCAUGGAGAAGUCUCGUAGGACGAUUGCUGCCCGUCUCCAAGCGCUCGGCGAGGUGGUUCUCCUCGAGCCCCGAACAGCUGAAUGGCUGCGGGAGAAGAUCGCAGAGCUCGAGGACGAUUUCUACUCCAACGUCUCGGAAAUCGGCUGUGACGAGGAUGCGACUGAGGAGCAGCGCUUCGAUUCGACAUACAUUCAGCGCCUGAAGGAUGCGCUCGAGGGCGGCUUCCCGUGCGACAAGAACGGGUAUAUCAACGCGGAGGGGAGGUACAUCGCUUUUGCGCCUACGGACGAGGAAUUGGAGGACUUCCGCUGGAGCGAUGUCGGCUUUACCAACUAA